CACAGCCUGUCGUGAGCGCGGCAGUCGACGGUCUGUCGUCGCCGUCCCGUGGUGUUUCGUGCGGUGUUGCGAGAGGCCGGCGGGAGACGUGGAUGAAUGCGUGCUGUGUACAGGCCCGCGCUCCACCCCCGGCUGCCGCGCGCGCCGACUGCUUCAGUGCCACCACUCCGUACCGCUUGCGGAGCCCGAGAUUUUUCGGCGCAAAGGUGAGGUGUGCUGGCUGUUCUGCAGCCGCGCCCUGUGCCGGCAGAUGGGGUGGGUGACUCGACACAUGCGGAGGGUGCGACCCCUCCGGUUCCUGGCAGUUGCCUGCCUGGCCACCUUUGUGUGGCUGCAGGCGCGCCUCACCUUGCUGGGCCAAGUUUCCAUCGAGGUUGGUUCGCCGGGCUUCUCCGCUACCGCCCAGCCCAACCUCACAUGGGCCCUCUUCAACAGCACGCGCGAGCUUGAGAUACUGCGCGAGUACGUCGCUCAGCUCAACCAGGCGCAGACCAUUCACAACCUGGAGCUAUUUGGCCCACUGCAGCCAGGUGAUCCUGUGAUAGUGAUCCAGGUCCACAACAGAUGGCACUACCUUGUUGCCCUGAUGGAUUCACUUCGCACUGCACGUGACAUCAAUCGCACCCUGCUCAUCUUCAGUCAUGACGAGUACAGCCCCGUUGUUGAGAGCCUGCCAUACAAGGUUGACUUCUGCAAGAUGAUGCAGAUCUUCCUGCCCCAUGCCAUCCAGCUGUACCCAAACCAAUUUCCUGGUCAACACCCCAACGACUGCCCACGAAACAUCAAAAAAGACGACGCCCUCAAGCGGGGAUGCAACAACGCCCAGCACCCAGACAGUUUUGGCCAUUACCGAGAAGCCAAGUUUUCACAGACAAAGCAUCACUGGUGGUGGAAGAUGAACCGUGUGAUGGAUGGCCUGAACAUCACAAAAGAUCAUGCUGGACCCUUCAUUCUUUUGGAGGAAGACCACUAUGCUGCACCUGACUUCCUGCAUGUACUGCGACUCAUGGAGGCCGAACGACAAUCUAGUCACAAACAGUGUUCCAUGUUGGUCCUUGGAAGCUAUACAAAAUCUUUCAACUAUCACAUUACAGGAAACCAGGCUGAGCUUCUCAAGUGGUCUUCCAGCAAGCACAACAUGGGAAUGGUCCUCUACAGAGACCUCUGGACCACUAUCCGCAACAACUGUUCAAAUAUGUUCUGCCACUUUGAUGACUACAAUUGGGACUGGUCGCUGUACCGGGUCAGCAUGAUGUGCCUUUCAGCGCCCAUCCAGGCCAUGGUAGUCAAGUCGACCCGCAUCUUUCAUACCGGCGAGUGUGGAGUGCACCACCGGAGUAAGAACUGCUCGAGUCAGAAGAUGGUGCAACAGGCGAGGAAUGUGAUUGGCUCUGCCCGCUCAUACCUGUUUCCCAAGAGCCUUCAGGUCAAGCAAGGCAUACAGCGUAACCUGAAACCACCAAAGGGUAAUGGGGGCUGGGGCGACGUCCGAGACCACCAGCUCUGUCUUAGAAGCAGCUCUGUCUCCACUGUGCACAGAUAGCACCCGGCGAAUACGUUGUGGGUCUUCUCCUCUGGUCAUCUCUCUUCCGGUACGAAAAGUCUCUUUCCAAUUUGCCCCGCUCCGAGGUCACCAGGUGGCACAACAUCUCGGGGGGGAAAAGGUGGCUCGACUGUGAGGCAGAGCUUUCCUAGUUCGUCUAGUGAUUUUUAUGAAGAGUGGCAUGUCUAGUACCUGUAUGUAAAAGCUCUCUCUCUCUCUCUCUCUCUCUCUCUCUCUCUCUCUCUCUCAGAUUUGCCUGCUCCAGCUGUGCUGUGGUUCUUAGUGGUAGGGCUCCUGCAGGAAUUGAGGUCUGUGCAGGCCUGCAAAUAAGUUCCAAGGCUGCAUUCAUUUGACAGCCAAAGUCAUUCACCUGAUAGCCUGCUGUUUUUCUUACUUUCCUCUGUACUGAUUGUUGUUAGUCCUUUACAGUUUAAAAACAACUCAAAUAUAAGCAGCUGGCUUAAUCACAUUUGAAAAGCACAAUUCAAGAUACCUUAAUCGAAUAAGGGAACAUUUUUUUUCGUACAUAACUGAAUGCACUUGUCCGACCAGAUUGUGCAUUCUAGUGCCAUUUGCUUGGCCUAACAAAUAAGUCACAAGCACUUUACACAGCUGCCUACAUUUUAUGACCUCAAGAGGGCCAAAUUCUUUGAUCUAAAAAAAAAAAAAAAUUGAGAAAGGAAUAUGUGAUGGCAAGGUGUAUUUUCAGAGUUUACAGGUAACCUAUAGAGGCUUGUCAAAAUAGUCAAAUUUAAGAAAAGGCACCAGCUGUUAGUUCAAAUUCUGUAGCUCAUUUCAGACCCAGACAAACACAUUGCAUUGUUGCUUGAAAAUUAAGAACAACUCUGCAGCAAACUUAUGACCUUGCAGCAGGUUCUUACUGGACAGUGGCAACUGUGUGCGGCCCUACAGAGAGACUUGAAAGGAUACUGUUGUUUAGCUGGACAAUGAAAGCUCCUUGCAUUGAAAGCAGGUGACAUUCCCAGUUUGCUGAGCCCUAAACUUCACUGCUUUCAACCCGAGAACAGCUGGCCGAGGCAAAUCGAGGAGACCUUUCAUAUACCUGCUGUCCCAACUGAACGUUAGCAAGAGUUAGACGAAAAGUAAUGAUGGGUGGAUGGGUACACAAAUGAAAUCGGCUGCAUGCUGCUAUGAACUGUCUCUCCUGUCUUGACAUUUUCCCUUGCACCUAAAUAAUAUGACUGAUUAACCAGCUUCUCAGUCCACCACAUUUAUAAAAACCCAAAUCGGCUAUUUUUCAUGAGCUAACUUUUAUGCAGUUCUUGUUUUAGACCAGGAAAUGGGCUGUAUUCAGAGUGCAGAAGCAUUGGUAGUUGGUUUUUACUUUGUUUAAAAGGCUUACAUUUAAUGCCUUGAAAAAACUGGGCAAAAGUGUCUCGCCAGGAGCAGUUGACUUGAGUGUUCAUCAUUGUCGUAAACUUUCUGGUUAACACCUUUGUGAUUAGGUGAGUUAAAUAAAUCAGCCAAUUUUAAUUAACAAGACUAGAGAGACACACUCUUAGUAACAUACAGUUGAUACCGUUUGUUAUAGCCUUCCAUCAUUGUAAUAUUUUGGUUGGUGACAUUUGGUUGGGACAGCAGAUGUGCAAGCUGUGUAUGCUUGAACUGGCCAAUGAGUUGUCCUAGGUCUACAGUGUCCCAGGUCGCUUGUGCAAAAAGAAAAAAAAAAAAAAGAAAGAAAAAAAGAACACAUGCCAGCCGUAUGUGAGGUAUUACCGAGCCCUAAGUACCCACAGACCACUUGCAUGGUUCUUCGAAGUGCUGGUGUUUUCUUAAUUUCUUAAGAUCUUAAGAGAUGUUUUUCAUACCUUGUUCAGGUAGUGUGACUUGAAUUUGUAUUUCUGAAGAAACCAAAGACCUUAAUGUAUGCGCUUUCCUUUGUAUUUAUACACAGAGCAGCCUGGUGCUGCUCCUUGGCCCCACUAAACACAGAGCAGUGCACUCCCUCUACUGCAGUAGUCACUGUACUUAACUAAUGACCAUCUUCUAUUACCUAGCGGUGGUUUCAUAGCUGGACACAUACUUUCAAUGUGUACACUGCGAAAUUGAAGCGGAGACGUCUUUGUCAAGAAACUAUUCAUUGCAGAAAUCGCUUACAAGUACUGUUGAUACACAAUUACUACUUCGCAUUCAAAAACACGAAAAAGAUGAGCUAGCCACACAGAAAAUGUAAGCACAGAUGCACUGGCAUGUGUCUCAGAGCCUGAUUCACAGUGAAUGUCUGUUGUCUCCAGUGGUUGGCAUCACCACUUUUUCUUUUUUGACUGAUUUUUACCUAGGCCAGGUGAGAUGUUCAAAUCCUUGAUUUCAGUGACUACUCUAGUUGAGAGCUUGUGCUGUCCUGCAUCCCAUGGAGUUAAAAUUGUCUGUCAGAAGGAGAAAUAUUUGUGAACAAAGUGGCCUAGCAUUCUCCAACGCAUUAUCUCUGGAUCUUGGAAGAAGGGCUUUAGUAUGAAACCUUUAGUUACGAUUAACAACCGUACCGUGUAGCUUUGACGGUUUUGGGCUUGGCACUCUGCUUGGCGCAGGUCUAUUGCUCUGCGAAAUUUUGAUGCAGACAAGCCAAACAACACACCUGUCUUUCUUUUGUUAUUGGCACACUCGCGAUGUCAAUUACUUAACUUUUUCAAGCUGCUUCGAAGGGCCAUUCAACAUUAUUGCAAACUUCAGAUCACAACACUGCCAUCUUUUUUCACGGCAGCUGCUCUGAAUCAUCUACAGUUGGCAUUUUGAAUGCUAAUUGUGCCUGUUGUAUGUAUAUGUUUGUAAAGGUUGCCCAGAUGAUCUCCUCUGUGCUCCCUCUAUGUGACAUAAAUGUUGUUGGUGGGCAAGGAAAUAAAGGGAUAUUGUUGUGGACUUUACAGAGAGGUGAAGAAGCUGCACAGCUCCAGGUUUUUGUUAGAAGUUUUUUUGGCUCAUUGGAUUUCUUUUUAUAAUGUCAUUGACCGUGAAGUUCAUCUGUGGUGUUAUACUUAGCCAGCCCACGCAGCUCUUUGAAUGUCCUUGGAUGCAAUCUUUUAGAACCAGCUGCCCUCUUGCAUUGUUCUGAAUUAUGUACAUUUUAUUUCUCGCUUCAAGGAUGUUUUCAAACACGUGUCAUAUUGCGAAGCACUUUCAAGGUAGGUAUUGUCUUAUUGACUUUUACUGAAGAAAGCCCGAAGAGAAAUGUUUGUAUGUUAAUUUGUUUUGUUGACUUUAUGCAGCACUUUUUAAUAUCCAACGUGCUUCGAGCAUUGCGAUGUCCACGCGAAAUCUUUUUCUGUUUACACUGCGAGGUCUGUUGCAGGUUAUUUGUAGCACACUUCUGUAAUCCAGGGUGAUAUGAAUUUUGCUAUGUAAUUCUGCAGCACCUAGAUGGCUUAUGGCUUUUGCAUUGUUUUUGGCUAGGUCAUCUGUUUUUUGCGAGUCAUUGUCUAAGUGCAACCUCCAGUUCAUUGUGACAAACAGUAUUGACUGUACCCUGUGUCACAAUAGCUCUGGUUGCUGUUUUAGAUGCCCAAAGAUAUUGCUUUCAGUUUUUUUUUUGUAUAUAAGUCUUAUUGCUGUUGUUACAUUUUAUCCAUGUUCUGUUGCUUGUUCCUUUGCAUUUGUUGUAAACUCUUUUUACACCUGCUCUUUUGACAUUUUCUUCCUAGUGCAUGAUGAUUACUGUUACUGAUUACAUUAAGUGUUGCCAUAUUUUGCUGCCUGUUGAAACAGUAGGCACUAGUAUAUAAUCUGUGCCAGAGGUCUUGAUUUAUUUUAUCUGUGUUCUGGUGUCAUCUAUCAGUGCUGCUUGCAUUUGUUGAUUCAUUUUGUUUCUGAGUGCAGAAGAAUACCAAAAGUGAAAAUGCAAUAGGUUUUACCUGUGAUGUGCCUGUUGCCACUAAACCCAGCAACAUUAAUCUUCAGUGCUUUUUAAUCGAGUCUACCUAGGCUAGUAUUGCCUCGGUUUUACAAAUGUUUUUUUUGUUCUUAUAAACCUUGAUAAGUGUGCAAGGGUGGAAUCUGAGGAGGCACGCUAAUUUGGGCAUGAUUGGCCUUAUUUAAAUAUGAAGUUCAUAAUACCGGGUAAAGCCUGUUCACUAGUUCCCUUAGAGAGGAAUAUGUAUGACGCCUAGAUAUUUGGCCAUGGACUGAUUGACUGCAUCCUGAAGGAAGGGAACAACUUUCUAAGGAUCCACCUAUAUGCUCCUCCCAAAAGUGAUCAAAAACUGAUUGCCAUUGUUGAUUGAAACUCUGCUUUUCUCUGAGUAAGUAGCUUUUAAACUGCUCUUCUUUCUGCCAGUAAAAGUUACCAUUCUCAAAUAUGACAUUCAGUACAUUGUGGUGGCGUAAAAAGUCUCUUAGGCAAUUAUAAUCAGGCUUGCAGAAGAGUCAUUUGCGCAAAAGUUCUUGUUCAUGGCAUUAUUUGGCAUUUGUGCACACCAAUGCAGUGACAUUGUUUGGUUUACAGUGUAAAAAACUAACCUGAAUAGGAGGUGUAGAUUGGCCAAAUUACACCUGCAAAUGAGUAGGCAGUUUCACACCAACAACUUUCUAAAAAUCCAGCUAUGCCCAAAAGUGGUCAAAAACUGAUUGCCAUUGUUGAUUGAAGCUCUGCUUUUCUCUGAGUAGUGAAUACCUUUUAAGCUGCUCUUCUUUCUGCCAGUAAGAGUUACCAUUUUGUGGCUCCUGGAAAUUAUGCAGUAGAAGAGCAGUCAAAGUGAGAGUGUGUGUAAAGUAGAAAAACCACUUCCGGUAACAGAAAGGCCGUCUGUGAAAAAAUGUGCGAUAGCCCAAAAAAGAACAACACGACGAAAAGCCCAAAUACAGAAAUUGGAACUGGCCACCCUUGUUCACAGCCAAAGCCAAGUCAAUGUCUUCAUUUGCUUCAUUCUUUUUUCUAGUUUUUACUUAGUGUACAUGCAUUCUUUUAGAACUGCAUAUAGCUAAGUCAUACAGCUUGUCAGCCUUGAAUACAUCUGCAUUAUUUUAUACUUUGCCCAAGGCUCGUGUUUUGUGAGCUCUCAUUUCGAUGAAAUGAGCUUGAUGUCUUCAUGCGAGUUCGAUGAGGACCAUUGUGUCGAUAUGUAGGUAUAGGGCUCGUUGCUUUCACAGCUUAGCGUCACUCUUUUUUGUGUUUUUUAAUAAGCUGGGCACCAAAGUCAGUUUUUGAGUAAUGAGCUAUUGUUUCUAGGGGUGUGCGAAUAUUUAUUUUUGAGACCGUAUCGAAUUUGAAUCGAACAGUGCCAGAAGUGAAUUGAAUAUGCAAUACUUUACAAAUAGCUUUUCAAUAAUGAACAGCCAUUAUUAUUAUUAUAAGACGAUGUUCACAUCCUAGUAUAUUUACAACAUUGGGAAGCUUCUUUCAUUACAUUGCAAAUUAUGAAAAAUAAGCAGCUUGUUUGCACACUCGGGACUCGACAUCGAGUGCAAAUGAUAUCUGUUGAACCAAGAAGUCCAACUACCUGGGCGACGUACAGUGUGCUUUACUACCAACUUCUCAUGUUUUAUGUUUACUACUGCCGGCGAGAUGAAAUUUGCUGCACUUUUUGCUCCUAUUUUGUUUGAUUGCCCUCAUUUGACAGUCUGAAAUAUCAAAAAACCAUUAGAAAAAUAUUUGUACUAACAAAUGGCAAUUCAAAGACUGAAUCAAAUUUGACAAUGUUCAAUUCAUUAUUCGAAAGUUUCAAAUAUUCACACAUCCCCAAUUGUUUUGCUUUAUUUUCUCAGUACAUGUUCAGCAGGGUAGUGCGCUUCGUUUGUGCGAGGCCACAGUCAGGAGUGAAGGUACUUUCCUUGAGACUUUACAUCUCCUUUCCGUAGCAAUUCUGUGGUGUUAUACAAUUCUGUAUUUUGUAGUAGGCUACUGGCAAGUGAAAGCUGCAGGUUGGCACACCAUAGGCUUCACGGAGACAAUUUCUGCAGUUGGCUCCUCCAAACUGUAAUGUUCUUUGACUUAAUUAUGCCAGAAUGUCUGCAUCCCAGCUUGUUCAGCAGUUUGCACAAAAUUUUUAUUGACUGUAAGCUUGGGAAAGUUAUGUGGCAACAAAAUAAUGAGCCUGAUGUUAUUGCAGUUAUAAAAUGGCUGUUACACACAACCUUUACUACAACUUUUCUUCAGUUUGUGGUGGGGAAUUACUGUGUCACUGUGAAGAAAGGGACGGUACAUGAGACCGUCCCUUUCUUUACUAUAUAAUAACUAUAUAUGGUUACAAUAAAUAGAACUGUGCUUACACUAUUUUUGCGAGUCCUUCUUGUGCACUGUUCCAUUCCUUACAUUCACACAGCAAAUCCCUAGAGAACUCGUGAACCAACUAACACCUUCUGCAGUUAACGUGCCUCAAACAUACUUUUUGUUACAUUCUGGCAAGAUGUGCCUCGGACAUUAUUCUAGCUAUUUUACCUAGCUGGAUUUUGUGGCAUUAAGACUGGUUACGCUGAAGUCAUGAACAUAAAAAGAAUUCUACAACUAAACUGGAGUCACGUGAAGCUUAUUUAGUAGUGCGAGAUGUCAGCUACAGCUCGCAUAAAUGCUGCUAAGCUGCUGGACAAGUUGAGCUUAGGCUGACCGAUCAGCUUUUGACCUGCCAGUAGUCUACUUUUUGUGUCCUGCAUUACGAGUCCUACCAAAGAUUCUUGCUAGUGGCAGAAGGAUUUACCCGCCACAUCUGUGUGCAGUUAUACUUCGCAAAUGUGAUUCAACUUGUGCGUCACCCACAUCUAUAGUACGGCAGCUGUGUUGUGUGUUCUUUGGGGCUAUCUGCCUUCCCUCCCCCCAAAAAAAAGGGGUUUCCGACCGGGCAUUGCAUCUAGGAAUGACUGUCAAGAGUUGCUCCGUCAUUCCUCUUUUUGUACAUAGUGAUGUGAUUGAGAUGUCCGUGUGCAAGUGUGUGACAUUUUUGUAUGCACGGCCGCCUGCUCGGUGCACGUCAAUUGUAGCUGCAGUCGUAUGUUAUUAGCGCAGAGUGCCAUAUGUUGAACAUGUAUGCAUAUUUUUGUUUUCUGGCACACCCUCUGCCAGGAAACUUGUUCAUGACUUUCUGCUCCAGCGCUGAAUUCCACUGUGCCUUCUAGGAUGACAGUUAGCUUUAUGAAGUGGCGCUAUCGCUGGGCUGUGGUAUGGAAAGCAAAAUUGUGCAGUCGUCCAAAAUAUGCACACCUAAUUCCUACUGCAUGCAGGACAGAAUGUCGGGCAUGCAUUCCUUCAGUCUAAGGCACAAGCCUUACGGCAAGAAGCUCAGAGUGAUCUUUUGCGUGUAUUCGAAGGGCAGAUUAAUGCAGAAGUUGGAACAUGACUUGCUAAUGUGCAAUGACUAGUUUUCAUGUAAAAAAAAAAGUGUCCCAUGAUACUUGUUCGCUUAGCUACAAAGUCUGGAAUUCAAAUGAGGUGUUUUAUAAAGCACUGGAGUAAUAUUGGAAUUGUUUGCGCCAGAACUUAUGCUGAUGGUAUCCGACUUUCCCGUUGCUCAGGGGAGUUGCAAAUUAGGCACUGUGUCAAGAUUUUACAACAUUUACUAACCCUUGGAAAGUUGUUGCCAGUUCAUUUUAUUUGACUUGUCAACUUUGGAUAGGGUAGGCCACAUUUCCAAAAUAGUUGCAGUACGCCUACCGCUAUCUUUAUAGGUUGCUGUAAAAAAAAACCAUUGCAGGCUGUAGUGCACGCUAGAAUUCUAACAGUAUUUUUUUUUUCUUGUCAUGUUUGGACACUGCAUUAAAUGCAAUGUUCCUUUGUUUUUCUUCAGUUCAAAAUUUUUCGAAUAAGAUUUUACAGAGUACAAAUGAUGGCUAGAUUUAGUACAUUCCAUUUUGAAUUGAGUGAAACGAAAUGCACAGGAAGAGCUGCAAUUCAGUGUUCCUGCUCUAUUUGUGAAUAUGCUGCUAAAACCAAACUCAAAAUUUAUCCUAAUACAUAAAAUAUUCGUGAAUAUAUGGUGAAAAUGUGCUGGGAAAAUUUCUUAGUAAACUUGAAAAAAAUAAAGGAGGGGGCGUGGGGGGGGGGCUAUUCACUCGGUGAACGUUUGCUGCUGAUGCAAUUAAAAUCUAAGAUUUUCUGGACAAUAGCAACAUCAGUUGCAGUGUCUAGGAUUAGGCUUUUGGACUAGUUGGUUUUAUACAGUUUUUGGGACCGUAGUGCUUAGGUGACGCGGAUAAAGAAAAACGACAAGGACGGGCAUUACAUCCUUAUUGUUCUUCCUUGUCUGCGUCACCCAAGCACUGUGGUCUGAAUAACUAUAUCAGUUGCAUAUCUGCCCUUUUCUCCUUCUCAUAUUUUCCUGCCCUUUGUUUUUAUGCCAAAUACAGUGCAAUAUGGUACAGUACUGUGCAUAUCUUGACUGUGCAUUCUAGUCGCUUGCAAUGUUUGAAAUUCCGGAUUGUUUAUUGUCCAUUUACAAGAAACAGCACAAGCGCACUAUUUUACCAGGGUUUAGAGUCUUAUUUUCAGUCAUUUCUUUAUGCAAACAGCUCGUACAGCCCAGUGAGAAGCGGAGGGGUGUGUUUUUACAUCACAAGAAACAUACUGUUUGCUUUAAUUGCCAGCUUUAUGUAUCCAUGUUGCCACACCUUGUAUCCUUUCUUAAAUAAUUGUAAGCCAGUGGCAUGAAGUCACGUUAAGCAUCUUGUGAUUUACCUGCGGCUCUAAAUAUUGUCGAAUGUUUUUCUUCGCUAUACUGUUUUAGCAUCUAACGAGUGUCAUGAAAUUUUUAAACAAUUGUUUGUUGAUAUUUACUAAGUAAUCAGUGCAAUUUGCUCAAGCCAAAGUGUCUAACAAGGUAAUUUGAUUCAUUGUUCUCCCUCCCCAAAAAGAAAAAUAUUGCAUUAUUUCUGGUGGAAUUACUAAGUAUUGUGCAGGGCACAUUCUCUGGUCCACAGCGUACACAAUUACCAGACCUGUUUGUUUUUCUUUGAAGUGCAGUGGUAUAUUUGAUUCCCUGUACAUUGAAUAAAAUUCUUUUUCUAAGCCUAAA